UUCAAUAAACCUGGAUAAACAUUAGACAUGGACAUAUUGGCGUUAAUUAUGUGUGCAUUUUAGAUCUAUUCAAUCUGAUGAAUCGAUUAACUUUAUGAUAAUAGUUGAUCAUACUAAACGAGUUGCCAUUGAAACAAUCGUGCAUUCACGAAGUGUGUUAGUGAGCGUAGUUUUGAAUGUGUUUAGAUGUGGCUAGCGGGCUUUACAUAUUAAACUCAUACGUUAUUAAUAAAGUGUUUGGCAAUAUCCGAUACGAAUAAAAUGGUGGACAAUAUUCCGUGUCCAACGAAGUUUUAAAACGAUAUAAAUAUUGCCUUCACUCACUGUAUUCAUUCCUGAAUAAUAUUGAAAGAACACAUUUCGGAUUAUUAAAUAUUAACCUUUGAAGGAUUAUGGUCAGUGACUUUUGACACUGGAAUAAUGCGCGAUGCCGAUUGGAAACGUAUCCAAGGGGAUUUGGAUCAUCGCGAAUAAGAUGUCUACAGCCAUCGCCUACAGUUUCAUGGCUGUCGAUGCCCGGAGGCAGGCACAGGCCGACAAUGCACGUCGCGCGAGCGUUAUAGCGCAACGGGCAGAAAGGUAUUCCAAUGCAGGAUAUGACAACAGCAGCGAAUGUGGUACCGUCGGGAGAACAAGCAAACGACGCCCUAGGAAAAGGUCAUCUUCAAGUACCAGAGCAUCGAAAGCCUCACAACCAAAGGUGAAGGUUGAAAUUGUUGUCCAGUUUUUCAAAGUCGGCGAGAUUGACACACUGAAGGAGCAGUUCAACGCUGACGUCAUCGUGAAGGCGAAAUGGCGGGAACCGACGUUAGACGGACAGCAGGGGCAGGCCGUCGUGACGGACGAGGUGGACUUUGCUCGCCUGUGGAACCCAAAACUGUACAUCGAGAACUCGCUAGGCGAUCCAAAGGAGCAGAUACGUCAUAGGGUCAUGUACAAUGACAAGGGAGAGGCGUUCAUUUACGAGAAAAGGGUCGCCAAGGGAACGUUUAUGGAAAAUCUUGAACUGGAUGAUUUCCCGUUUGACGUGCAGGACCUGACAAUCACGGUAGCCUCGGAGUUACCGAUGAGCGAGUGCGAGCUAAUCGAGGAUAAGGACGAGUAUCACGUUGUUAACAGGCACUCGUUCGUGGACGAGCAAGAGUGGCACCUAUAUGUUCACACGGAGUGUAACAAGAAAGAACUUGUCAUUGACCAAGUAGACAAUUCCGUGAAACGUUCGGCUCUUUCCGUCAAAUGCCGAGCUGCUCGCCGACCGGGAUAUUUUGUGUGGAAUAUAUUUAUGAUAACGUUCCUGAUAUGCAGUUUAUCGUUCGCUACAUUCUCCGUUGACAAGAAGCUACCACAGAACCGGCUGCAGUUGGCGUUUACACUUGUUCUUACCGCUGUUGCUUUCAAGUCUGUCGUCAACUCCAGUCUUCCUAGAAUUUCUUAUUUAACAUACAUGGACAAGUACUUGUUGGUUUCUAUGGUGAUGCUAUCAGCGGUGUGCGCCUGGCAUGCCCUGGUGACGAGGCUCCUCUACAACCGCGCUUUCGCCGACAAGAUCGAGAACAUCGUCCUUACAAUCCUCAGCGUCCUCUACAUCAUCUACAAUAUCGGCUUCGUCGUCAUCAUUUACCUUUUCCCAUGUAAGAAGCGACGAAUAAUGUCACAAAAGGAUAGAGAAUAUAAGUCCUCACUGGCAAUGAACGGACUCAUUAAGUCGGACUCAAGUAGCGAAGUACAAGAGAAAGCCGCGACGCCCGGCCCUGGAGCGGCAAGAGGUGAUAAACAUGCCGGCGGGAAAACACUGAAUGACGUCAUCAAGGUAGUUCCGGUCGAAGCCAAUAAAAACAUUCGUUCAACCCAGAACGGAAAUACGCCGCAUUAAACCAAUAGCGAACUAUGUCAGUGCACAUAGCACAGCGACGUAAUUAUGGAACACUGUGACGUCAUAAUGUGCAAACAUUCUUGUUCAAAAAGAGGCAAAGAGGUUUAGGAACCAGAACAUUAUUCAGAUUUACCGGAUUUACUGGAAGUUUUUAAAGCUGAACCUAUGCAUCGAAAGCUGUGAAAUGAGACGUCUUGUGCACACCGGGAUUUAUCGCGCCAGCGAAGUUGGCAUGACAAAUGUCAAAAUACUACUUGCGGUCCAUGAAAUCCACUUAAACGUGCGUUCAUUACUUUUCUUUCCGUUUGAGAAGAAUCUUGAUGUUAUUGAUAUUGAGCCCACUGCAGUGAAAGCUAAUUAUGUCAAGGGAUUGUGCAGUGUUGUCUUGACUACCGACAUAUGAUACCGGGCAUCAGCUGCCGUUUUAUUCAAUAUUGUUCAGUGAAUUGCUUUUUAUAUAAUUGUAUCUGAUAAAAUAACGACGUGUCUCUAGAUGUGAUUAUGUUAUAUGAUAUGUUGAUUUUUUUUCAAACAUCUGUUUUAUACUGUUUUAACGAUUACCCAUUGCCGUCGUGAAUAUUCAUUCCCACGUGUGUUUGCAAAUCUUAUAUGGUGUAUUGAUGAUGAUGCAGUCCAAGACAAUUGCAGUCAGAGUUGGAAAAGUUUUAUAUUUCGGUGACGUUUGAAGCAAUUGUAUUUUAUCAUAUUUUUAUUCAAAUCGGCAACAAACUCACUCGAAUUUAAUACCCAAUCCAAAAUAAUUUAAAAUUGUAACUUAAUAAAUUAAUAUAAAUAAUUUAGCUUAUAAAAUAUAAAUUAAAUGGAAGAAAUAAGCAUAAGUCGCUCGAUCAAUGAGAUAAAACAAUAUCGUGUACUUCAUAAGUAUGCAUGUAAUUGUUCCAUAAAUAAUAAGGCUGUGUUUUCAUAUCUAAAUGUUAUUUCAUUGUGACCCAUGCAUAACAGAAAGGUCAUACAGCUUUCUCUUUAAAUGCUCUUUAAAAAUCAAUAAUUUAAAACAUAAAUUUAUUCCAAGUCUGACAUGCAGUUACAUUUCUUACGAACAAACACACUCGAAACAUAUUAGGCAAUAACAAUAUUAAUAUAAAAAACACUGUUUUUUCUUAAACGAUCGUUAACAGGGGAAGCCACUGUGAUGAGUUUGAGAAUGGGAGACCACUCUUAUGUGAUUGUAAGCAUUGCUAUAUGAAUGAUGUCGCUUGGUUAUGGUGAAUAGUGGAAUAAGCCAUCUAGAAUAAACAUACCAUGUUUCAUUUAUACAGGACCUGCAAAAGUUGUAGUGCAUCAACAUAAAGUGUUAUGUUUUCGUCGCAUAAAGUGGACUUUGUUGAAAUUUCUUUAUUUGUCGGAGUUAUAUUUCUGCUACGCAUUGAGUUUAGCAUAUCGCAAUAUUAAAGCAACAUUCAUUUAUUUACAAUUUUGAAUCUUUAAGUAAGAAUUUAGUUAUAGCUAACAUCCUUUUGUUUUUCUUUAUGUUAAAAAAAGGCUAUUUCAGAAUGUGAUGUAACAUAAAAUGAGAGAUACAUGAAUGUCUAGCCUAAAGGCAUGCAUGAACAAAAAGAGUGAAAUUUUUAGAAGUCGGAAACGGCGUGUGCACUAUACUGUUGUUAUACGGCGUGUGCUUACUACAAGGUUACUCAUGUCAUUGGUUGAAAAUAGUCGCUUGAGAUCAUUUAAAUUCCCUGUUUAAUUUGAAGCUCGGUGAAUGGAAUAAAAUUCAUGUUCUUUUUCAGAGUUUUAUAUCCGGACUGGAAAGAAUGUAAACACACCGUUAAGAAAUUUAUUUUUGAAAAUAUCUCAUGUUAUUGAAGUACCUUUGCACAAAUCUUUAGUGCAUAAAACAGUAUUUUAUUGCAGUGUUGUGCCGAUAACUCAAAAUUAAAGAAAAAAUCAGUGAAUACGUCUGAAAUCGGUGCCGAAAUUUUACGUUUUGUGCUGCAUACAUGAAUACCGAAUAGAUAGAAUUUCUGGCUAAAAACACAUGCUUAUUAUAUAAAGUAAUUAGGAUGUAUUUCACAUAAAAAUAAGCAGCAUUAAAACUGUAGUUUAUGCACUAGUUGAUACCGUUAUCGACUCUUAAAUUACAAAGCUAACCUAUUAAUUGAGUGCCACAUGCAUGUAAGAGAGAUCACGUGAAUGUUUCUUGGACACUUAAAGCGUGACUUGCGACGUACGAGUCCAUGGCGACGAAUAUAUGAGUCAUUGCAUUGUAUAUAUUGUUUAUUUCCGGAAGCGCAUGUUUUGUUUCCAAUGAGAGUAUUCAGGAAGUUACCUUGUGAUACGUUUAAAUGUAGCCAUUACAUGUUGUAUUUUCAUAAAGCUUUGUGUGUUAAAUUAAAGUAUGUGAUUCAACGUGAAACUUCUCGAUAAUUUUCCUUUCAUAUUGUUGUUUGUACUUUCUUGAGGAAGGUAAAAAAUGAGAUUUGCGAAUCCGUGUCAGUAAUUUGUCACACUUUAUUUCCAUCGUUGUUGUUGAGCAUUUCGUUUUGAUGUAGAAUGAUCAUAUUUGUAUAUUAAUAAAAUUCCUUGGCUG